AUGGAUACUUCAACUACAUUAACAUCAAAUAAUAUAAAUAAAGAAAUAGAAAAUAAUUAUAAAUUAGCAUUAAAAUUAUUUAUAAAUAAAAAUUUUAUACAAUCAUAUAAAUUAAUUUAUCAAAUAUUUCAAAAUUCAUUUAUUGAAUAUAAACAAGGAUUAAUAUCUCAAAAUUUAUUAAUUAAAAUUAUAAAUUUAUAUUUAGUUAUUAUUGGUGUAAGUUUAAGAGAAGGACAUUUAGAUCAAAUAUUAUCAAAUUCUGCAAGAAAUUCUAUAAGAUCAAAUGAAGUUCAUAAUUUAAUUGGUUCUAUAUGGUCAAGUUAUGAAAUACCUUGGGAAAUUCAAUAUAAUUUACAAUUAUUUUAUAUAUCUAAUCAAGAUUUAAUAAAAGAUAAAGAAAUGUAUUUAAGAGAUAUAAAUAAAUUAAUUUUUAAUAUUGAUUCAUCUGAUAAAUAUGGUGAAAAAUUAUUAAAUUUAAUUAAAUUUGAAAUAUAUCCACAAUUUAACGAAUUUGAAAAAUCAGAACAAUUAAUUGGAUCAAAUGAAGAAGAAUUAAACAGACUUAAUGAAAUAAAACAACAAAAACAAACGAUUGAAAACGAAUUAAAACAAAAAUUAAUUGAUGAUGAAAAAAAAUCAAAUGAAUUAAAAUUAAAAAAGGAACAAGAUGCAAGAAAAUUAGCUCAUGAACAAAAUUUAAAAUAUAAAUCAAUUAAAGAAAUUACAAACACCUAUAACCACCAAAAUUCUCAACCAAGAAGAAUAGAAAAUAAAGAAAUUUCAAAACAAAAUGAAAUAAAACUGAAAUUAAUUUAUUUAUUAAAUAUAAGUAAAAAAUAUCUACAACAAAAUACAAUUAUCUUGUUAGUUUUAUUAAUUUUAAUUUUUGGUUCAUCAAAAUUUUUAAAAGGUAUAAAUAUAAAAGAAAAAUUAAUAGAUACGAUAAAGAUGGCUUUUAAAUUUACAUAUAUAUAG